UAAUAACGAUGAGGGAGGGCCGCACCAGAUUCACCUGCUGCACAGAAGUCGGCCUGGGGACGCCUCAUGAGCCGUAUCGCUGUUCUGAUGGCAACGGUGACCGUAGCAGCACUACACGCUGCGCGGUCAGAGAAGCUGAUACCGAGCUUUGCAGUGAGUCAGGGUUUUGUGCAACCAAGUGUACCCACGUUGACAGUUAAUGAGACAACGUUUUGUGCGUAACAAUGUUAUUAUCGCUCGGCAUAAACUGGAAAAACGAUGGCAGGACUCGCAGGCUAUUGAUGACUUUACAAAGGGACCGUUUGACGUGUGGAUUGAGAGAAUUGACCCGUGCGACGAGGAUGAUAAACGAGUGCAAUUGAAGUGUUCGCACUACAACCCAAACAAAAAGUUUGAACCACAGGUGUGGAACGGAUUUGUGAAUUUGACACGAGCAUUGGAUGACACUUGGUGGAUCAGGGCUCCUUUCAGCAUUCGCAGCAACAACCAGUGGAAACAAAAUGCAAUUGUGCUGACCGCCCAGAGAAACGGCUGCAGUGGCGCAAGAAACGUCCUGCCACCGGAUUUACGACGGUUCACUACGAAGCGCGGGACACCAUGUAGCUUCAAGGAGGGCGUGUCAUAUUUCCGAAAUACAUCUGUAAAAUUCGAGUUUCCCAAGUUCCCACAACUACCCUACGGGCACUAUCGUGUGGAACUGGAAGCUGGGCAGCAAGAUGAAAAGAAAGCGGAGUAUUGCUUCAAAACUAUCGGCCAUGUUAUCCCCAAAGUAUGAGACAAAGGAUCCUGGACUCAUGUUAUUAACAACAAGCGGGGCCAGGAUUUUACAGAGCUUCGCUGGUCUGAUUUCUACAUACACGAAGACAAUUUCUCGAUUCAAAAAUACGUAGGAGUACGUGCAGCAGCCCGUUGUGGCUGAGCGUUUGUCAGUGUGCUAAAAUUCUCAGAGGUCACGUUUUAAAGAAUACAGUAAAGU